AUGUCAAACAAACUAGUAAUUCAUAAAAUUGAAAAUGAAAUUAAUUUCAAAUCUCUCCAAAUUUCAUUGGAUCAAAAUAAAGAUGGGAUGCAUGAGCAAACAGAAUGGGUUGAUGGAAAAAUUGAAGAAGAAAGUAGGAGCGAAGAUGCUGAUGUGGUGGUAAAAGUAUUGAAUUCAGAGGAGCGGAGUACUUUUGAUCUUGACUAUUGUGCUAGGGAAAUAAAGGAAGGGUCUAUACUUCAUAUAUUAAAAGACCACUUUGGCAGGGACUGUGAAAAAGAAUCGAAUGAGGAAGUAAUUGAUAAAACUAAAGGCUCUGGUGGCUCUGGAAUUGAAUUUUGGGACCAAUUACAAAGGCACAAUACUAUAACUGGUAAUAAAAAUAAUAUGGAUUAUGAAUUUAAAAACUUUUUAGAGCAUAGUCUUAUAAAGGUUAAAGAAAAUAAUCAUCGUAUUUGGCAAAAAAUUCAAAUACUCAAUAAGACCUUAAAUAUCGUUACGAAGAAUACAUUUUAUUUGGAUGGGAAAUCUCUGCAUUCAUACACAUGCAGCGAAUGCGAAAAAUGUUUUGUCUACGAAACAGGACUCCGAAGACAUUUCUACAUGCGACAUGGAACUAUAGAUUGGCCGCAAUGGCAAACUGUUUGGACAUGUAUGGAGUGUUUUCAAGUUUGGCCUCAAUAUGAUUAUGCGAUAAGACAUAGCAAAAGCUGCUGCAGUCCAAGCGACAUUGUCAUCGUUAGAGAAAUAAAGACAUCACUACUGUUGCAGUGCGAGUUCUGCGAAAAAGUAUUUACAUGCAUCCCCAAACUACUAAGACACUGCAAGGACCACACUGCUAAAUAUAAUUACGAAUGUAAAGAUUGCUGCAUGAUAUUCGUAUCAUAUAAGAACGCUGAACAGCACUGGAUGCAGUGCCCAUGGUCAAAACAAAACUAUACUUUCUCCCUACCAAAAAUGUUACUUUGUAAUAUUUGUGAUCGUAAGUUUAGGAAUUACGAGCAAUUGUAUAAUCACAGGUAUAAAGCAGGCCAUUUUAUGGGAAAAAUCAUAGACAAGGAAGACUUGCUAAGUAUUGUUUAUCAAUGUGAAGCAUGUAGUCAAUGGUUCAUCAAUACCAUGUUGCUCAAGGAGCACAGAAAUCAGCACCACCCAAGAUUUGAUUGUGUAAUAGCAUUGUAAUAGUUUUGGUUGAUUUCCUUCUACCUGUGUUUAUGUUAGACAUCUUUGAGUUGAAAAAAAUAUUUUAUUUGAAGUUUA